AUGGCGCAUCUGCUCGUCAACAAGCAGUACUUCGAGGAGUCGAGCAAGGUGUGGCUGCGCAGCAAGACAUUCUACUUCUGGCACAACCACGAUUUCGCCAAUUUCGUGUACGCGGACGGCCCCAUUCAGCGCUUCAUGCUGGGUUCCGUCACGAGGAUCGAGGUGAACGACGAGAUCAUAUCGGAGCAAGCAGAGCAACUUGCCUGCGUCCCGGCACUGCGAUCGCUCCGCGUGCAGAUGCGCGUCUUCCACAUGGAGUUCGCCGUCCCGGGUAAGAUGCCAUGGCUGGAUGACUAUACCGACGCCGAGUUGGCCAGCAUUCCGCACGUCUCGGCCCUGCUGUCAAUUCGUGGCCUCCGCCGCAUAAAGCUCAUGUGGCACUCCUUCUCUUUCGACUUUCCCAAACCCGAGCACCGCGUCAAAUGGGAGGCGUUCAAAGCUCGAGUCGAGGCCUUGAUCCACGACUUUGUGACUCAGCCGAGAGAGGAGACGGAGACGGGCUACAAGUCCCUACACUCGAGGAGGCUUUGGAGGAAAAGAAGGAGAUGGGCGUGGUCGAAUGGCCCGACAUAUCGCAGACUUCGGCGCCAGUAG